CUUCACAUUUUUAUUUAGUACUGCAGAUACCGGUCAGAUACACCACAAACAUGGCUGUGCUUUUCAUUUUCUUCAACAUUGUGAUUCUGUUCGUUUCAGUGGUAUUAGCAGAUGUAGACGACUCCACUACCACCGAAAUAUUUAACAGACUCGAUGAGCUGGGAAGAAAAGUUACCUCUCUGGAGAAUAAAAACAUUGCGUUGGAGCAUUUGAUUGAAAAACAAAACGACACAAUAGAAGUUCUGAGGUCCGAUUUAAGAAAAAUGCAAGAGACAUUGCCACAAGAGGAUUUGAUAUUGAAAAACGAAAUAAAAAUACUGGAGUAUAGAAAGCUAGGCAGUCUUCAAAAGGAAUUGCUUGAAUUGGAGCAAAAAGUAGUUAAAAAUGUGACACAAAGUAAACUAAUGCUAGAAAGCCAGGAUGCAAAAUGGACCCAGAAUUUUGUUUCUCUCAAUGACACUGUAACUAAGAUUGAGUCGAAUCAGUCGCUGAUCAAAGCUACAAUGGAUGACAGGUUUACUGUUCUAGAGGAAACUUUGGCCUUGACCCCUCAGCAUGGCGAUAUAUCACAACUGGAGUCCACCCUCAAGUCUUCAGUGAAUAAAAUAAAUGGCCUUGAGAACGAGGUCAAAACAAACAAAAUGGCCCUUGAGUUCAAAAUAGACAGUGACGUCAAAGAGGUGAAGGACUCUCUGGUUGUAACGAAUACAGCAGUACAAGAGAUGGAUAACAAACUGAAUCAAAAAAUCGGGGUCUUGGAGACCGAACUAGUAAAUUUACAAUACACUACCAACGACACGAAAGAUGAAACCCCUCCGUCUUUUUACGCCUCCAUGACUACAGUGAUUCCCAUACAAGGCCCUCAUCAACGGAUCGUAUACGACGAAAUAAAGACCAACAACGGCAAUGGCUAUAACGAGUCCACCGGAAUCUUCACCGUGCCGGAGUCAGGCACUUACGUGUUUACUUGGACUACGUUCAGUUACGUGGAGGAAUACGUUCGCCUGGAAAUCGUUGUGGCGGGAACAAUAUUCGGAGGAACUUUGAGCGAUACACAAGAGACGGGGGAUGCGGAUACAGAAACAGGGAUCAUUGUCGUGAACGCCCAGGAAGGGGACCAGGUGUUCGUCAGGACGCAGCUCCGGGGGCCCGGAAACGGAAGGCUCUAUGUUGAGUUCGAGUGCGCCUCAACGUUUUCUGGCUGGAAGAUAUCCUAAUUGAAAGACUGAAUGAUAUCCCUGCAAAUUGAAACAGAAUACAAAGCAUCUUCUCAUGAAUUUGAAAAUGUACAUUUAUUUUCGGGUUUGUUUUUUUUUUGUUUUUUUUGAUAAAAAUACUGUAAAGUUUUAUAUACUUAUUAUUGCUUGUUUUUCUUUUUGUUUUGUUAAAUUCUUUAGCACUCGAAGUCCAAUUUAAGGGGGAUGUGCGGCCAUCUUGUACAUUUGAGGAAGAGAAUGUAAACUUUUCUUGAACUGGCUUGUUUCUGUCCGAAAACUGGCCAAAAUUGAGAUUGAGAUUACAAGAUCAAUUUGUUCAAAGAAGAUGGGUGGAUAAGAUGUGUAAAUGCCCAUACACGGUCGGACAGGCUACUGAAAAAUUAAAGUAUCAAUAAAUUUUAUGUAUAAAAAAAAUCAUUUAAAACAAUAUAUGUUUAACGAAUCGUUGAUUUUUAACCUAUUGGUAUGUUCAAUACUUGGAAUAUAUUGACUCAACAGGCGAAUACGUAAAAGCCUGCAAAUAGUGUCAUUUUUUAGAACUUCAAGGCAUUUUCUUUUAUAGAGUGGGUCUGUGCUCCAUAUUUUUCUCAUAGUCUAAUUAAGGUCUAUUGGAAAACAAACCUAUUUCAAUCAACAAAAACGUGGAGAAAUGACCCACUAUACAUGUAAAAUAUCAUUUUGUAUCCCAACAGUUGAACGUUUUGAAAAAAUAAUACAAGUCCGGUAGUUCGUGACCAAAGUCGCACAUUAUAUUUAAAAAGCCCACCUUGUUGUGUCUGAAAUGGCUCAGGGGUUAGAAUACAUGGCAUAUGGUAACUGACAAUAGUGAGAAAUUUUGCUUUUGCAAACUUGUAUUAUUAUAUAUAUGAAUAGAUGUAAAUGGGAAAAAAUAAAUUCAAAUUUCACUACUAAACCGAAUGGGCAUUUGCGCCAUCUUAUUCCCCCAUCUUCUUGGCAUGCUGAUAUAAAUAAUUCAUCAAAAGGAGUUACAUAUAAAUUUUUUAAAACAUAUUUUGGAUAGGAAAGAUAUUUAGAUAUAUUACCCCUGAAAUUCAGAAAAAUUCUUGUAAAAUUUCGUACUUCAAAUCACUAUCUACCAGUUGAACUCGGAAGAUGGGAAGGUAUUCCAUUAAAUGAAGGAUUUUGUCCUCUCUGUAACACAAAACGUAUAGCCGAUGAACUUCAUUAUAUUUUAGAAUCUGAUGCAAUACCACAAGUCCGGAACAAGUUUAUAGAUAAACAAGUUGCUGUCCUUUAAAAAAGGACUACAAUACGUUGACCAUUUGCAAGUGUUUCCAACGAAAACGUGAAAGCUUUAAGAUUAUCAGAGAUUCCACCGACUCUAGCCCCCUGCUUUAACCACUAAAUUUGUACGUUGGAUUACGUAUAUGUAUAGCCCGACUUUUUAUCUCAGAAUUUAAAAGGGUCAUACUUCUAAAUUAAUUAUGAUCUAUCUAUUAAUGAGGAUUGCAUGUAUAGUAUCAGGUAUUCGGCGAAUUCUACUAUUUGCGCACACAUUAUGAUUCGCACUACUUUGUUAACUAUGCAAUGACAGCUUUGUGUAAAUUAAUUUCAUAUUUUGAUUCAUUUUUAUUGAGAUUUUAACUUGUAAACAGUGACAUAAUUAUUCAAUCAUUCUUAAAUCCUUAUAAAAAUUUUAAUCGGGAAGUACUCUAGCCUCGCCUACUAUAAAAGUAAAGUUAAGUUACAUGUGUAUUCAGAAAACAACAAAACAUUGCAAAUUAUGCUAUUUGAUGGAUGUUGUAGUUUCGGCAUACCAUCAACUUAUUUAAUAAUACUAACAGUUCAUAUCACAUGCCGAUUAUUUCUUUAAAAGGAAUACUUUGUUUUCUGUACUGUUUACCGACAACUUUACAAUUACAGCGCCUUUGAACUUAUGCACAUAUGGCAUGGAAUCCCGAACCCGAUUCAGAUAAACGUGUGCUAGCCUGGUUCCCUGAGCUACCCAUUACGCACAGGAACCAGGCUAGCUCAUGCGCAGGCUGAAUUUUCCCCAUAGCAUCCGGAAUAACCUCGCUUAUAUAUUUUCUGCUUGGACCUCAGGGUCCACGCAAACAUUCUCGGCUAGACCAAUUGUGCUCAAAUGUUCGUACCUUAUCACAACAUGUAACAUGAAAUUGUUGAGAAAAUUGUGUAUGUUUAUAACAAAGAUAUACGAGGCAGUCUGUCCUCCAUGAGUUUCAACUUAAAUAUAUAAACCUUAUAAUUAUACAUGUUUAUACUUUUGUACCUCUGACCCAAUUUAUAUGUAUAUUUUAAUCUUAUAUUUGUCCUCAUGUUUGAAAUGGUUUUGAGUGAAUAAAUGAAAUACUGUG